AAACCUGGAAUAACCCUGGAACAGCCCUGGAACAGCCCUGGAAACCUGGAAUAGCCCUGGAAUAGCCCUGGAAACCUGGAACAGCCCCGGAACAGCCUCGGAGCAGCUCCGGGAAACCUGGAACAGCCCCUGGAACAGCCCCUGGAUCCCCGGAACGGCCCCCGGAGCGGCCUCUGGAUGCCCGGAACGGCCCCUGGAUCCCUGGAAUAGCCCCGGAACGGCCCCGGAACAGCUCCUGGAUCCCUGCAGCAGCCCCGGAUCCCGGCCCGGCGCUUUCCAGGCGCUUUUUCCUGCGCACACGAGAAUCCCGGGAUUUCCGAACCUCCGGACUCCCGAAUUUCAGAACCCCCGGAUUCCUGACUCCCCGAAUUUCGAAACUUCGGAUUCCCGAACCCCUGGAUUCCUGAAUCCCCGGAUUUCUGAAUCCUAGGAUUCCCGAACCCCCGGAUUUCCGAAUCCCCGGAUUCCUGAGUUCCCAGAUUCCCGAACCCCUGGAUUUCUGAAUCCCCGGAUUCCUGAAUUCCCAGAUUCCCGAACCCCUGGAUUUCCGAAUCCCCGGAUUCCUGAAUUCCCAGAUUCCCGAACCCCUGGAUUUCCGAAUCCCAGGAUUCCUGAAUUCCCAGAUUCCCGAACCCCUGGAUUUCUGAACCCCCGGAUUCCUGAAUUCCCAGAUUCCCGCAUUCCCGAUCGGACUCCGACCCCGUCCCGAUCUCCCCGCGCGGCUCCGGCCCGGGAGGAGCCGCUGUUGAUUUUUUUUUUUAUUUUUUUCCCCCGGAUUUUGGCUUUUUCCGUGGAUUUUUUCUCCCCGGGAGGGGCCGGGGUGUGGCCGAGGCCGGAGCCGGCGCUUCCUCAUCCUCCAGCUUCCCUCUGGAAUUCUCCCGAGCCCUGAAUUGGGGAUUUCCCCCGGCAGGUCCCGCUGUCCCGGGCAUGGAAUUGUCACCGCGCCCCCGGGCCGGACUCUCCGCUGGAUUCCCCAGGCUGUCCUGAGGCCAGCGCUGGCCACCAUGUCCACCAAGGUGCCCAUCUACCUCAAGAGGGGCAGCAGGAAGGGCAAGAAGGAGAAGCUGCGGGACAUCCUGUCCUCGGACAUGAUCAGCCCGCCUCUGGGGGAUUUCCGCCACACCAUCCACAUCGGCAGCGGCGGCCAGAGCGACACCUUCGGGGACAUCUCCUUCCUGCAGGGCAAGUUCCACCUGCUGCCCCGCGCCGGCGCCGAGCCGGCGGGGCCGGAGCCGUUCGAGUUCGCCCGCGCCGCCACCAUGUCGGGCGCCGAGGCGGCGGCGGCGGCGGCGUCGCCGCUGCUCAAGAACGCCAUUUCCCUGCCGGCGCUCGGCGGCGCCCAGGCGCUCACCCUGCCCGCGGCGCAGGCCCCGCCGAAACCGCCGCGGCUGCACCUGGACGAGGCGCCGGUGUCACCGGUUGGCAGGGCCAACGGCGAGGCGGAGGCGCCGGUGUCGCCGCAGCACGGCCGGGCUAAGGGCGAGGCGCAGCCGCCGGUGUCGCCGGUGUCACCGGAGCAUGGUGAGGCGCAGCCGCCGGCGUCGCACGCGGGGUCGCUGCUGUCGCUGCACGUGGACCUGGGCCCGUCCAUCCUGGACGAGGUGCUGCAGGUGAUGGAGCGGCACCAGGCCGAGCGCGGCUGCGGCGCGCGGCACGAGGUCCUGACGUGACCCCCGCCGGGAUUUUGGGGGUUUUUGGGAUGGUUCUCGCCGGGUGAGGGUUUCCCUUUGGAACCCCCCGAGAUGUCCCAGCCCGGUGCGGCGCUGGAGGUGAGCGCGGGAAACGCGACCCAGCCGGACCCCGUGGGGUGAAUUCCCAAAAAUUCCGGGCAGGAGGAAUUGGGGGUUUGUUCUCAGAGCUCUGAAUUGUCACAGCGGUGCCACCUCAGCUUCUGCUCCUUUAAAUCCUUUGGAAACGCCACAAAGUGGGAAAUCUCCACCGGGGAAUUUCCACUGGGGAAUUUCCACCAGGAAAUCUCCAC